UAGCCUCGUGUUGAUUUGGCGCCAAUUUUGAUAGAGGAUGUUUGAUCGGUGUGAUGAUGUUGUGUUGUGAAAUUGGAUCACUGUUGAAUACAAAAAUAAGGCUGCCUUGGCGAAGGGCAUCUGCUGACCCCGACGACAAAUCCUGGACACAAUGUCAGUAUUCAACUCAGAACUUGCUGAUGAAAUAGAAAAAGCAGUCCUCUUGAUGAAGAAUGGUGAAUCCGAUAAUGCAGUCAAAGUUCUAAAGCAAAGAAAGCAAAUGCCAGCCAAUCAAGUUGCUGAAUCAUGGUUGUGUGAGUUAUGCAUCAUCACUUGCAGAAUAAAGAAGACGGAAAAGUUUGAAAGAUCAUCUGACAUAACAAAUUAUCGAAAGCAACUUUUGGAACUUUUAGCAGAGGAGCAAGGAACUCCUUGCUCUGUCCUUGGCUCCAUAACCGAGUUGUGCAGCAUUUGCAACAUCCUUUCAUUGGAUUUGGUAGAAAGAAAUUCUUUUCUGGUGGCAGGCAACUCUCUAAAGGAAGAUGUUGGCCACCAUUUGGCUACUGCUACAAUAAGAGUGAUGGUUCUCGCAUCCAAUUCUUUUCAAAAGAAAGCAGAGAUACUGAACCGCUCCCAAUCUUGUAGUACACCAGAUAUCGUGUCGUUGAUCACCGAAUGCUGCAGAAUGUUGCAAAAUGCUCCAGGGGAACAGAGUAAGUGGUUGUCAAUGUGCCUUGUACAUGUUUCAAUUAUGGUAAUGAUGCUGCUAUCCUCUGAGAAUCAAGGCCAAGCAUUCGAAAAGCUGGUGUUGGAACUUUUUGAAUUAACAAGAAGAAUCAAAAUACAGGAUCCGUCAAUUUCUGGUUUGGUAGCAGGUGCUUUAUUGCAGCAGGCUCAUAUUGAAGACUUUGAGCAUCAACUAUCUUCGUUGGCCGGCCUUUUUCAAAUGAUUAGUAAGAGGGAGGAGGCUGCCAAGAACCUUAUUGAAAAGUAUCAGGGAUACAAAAACACAAGCAAACUUCUUCAGCUGUUGACAGCCUACACGCUCCUCAAGGAAAAUAAUUUUAUGCACUGCUCUGUUAUAACUCAAGCAUUAUGUUGCCAGCUGAAACAAGAGGGUGAUGAAAACGAUAGCCUGUUGUUCAGCAAUGCUUUGAAUGUUCUUGGCAUUUGUUACUUCGAAAUGGAAAAGCCCAACAUCGCUUGUCGUUUAUUUGAGAAGUCGUCAAGAACGUUCCCGCGUAACAGAGCCCCGUUGAAGAAUUUACUCCUGACGCUUGAAGUUUUGAAUCAAUUCGAAAUCAAGUUGGAUUGUAUUCAUCAAGCUUUGCGGCUAGUGCAAUCUGAUUGCCAGAUGCCCUUAACUGGCCACCGAGUGGCAUUUCGUUUUGAGGAAAUUUUCGUUCUCAAGUUGUGUGCUGUAGUCAGUUCAAGGUUUCAAGGAACAAGGCUAUGUGGCAAUGGAGAUAGGCUUUGUUUAUACUUGCCUUGUUUGGAUGAGAGGCAGCUGCUAAGAGACCUUGCUGGUUGCCUAUUUCAGCAAAAAAGAUUCAAAGAGGCAUCUCGUGCAUAUCUUAGUUUGAUAAGAAAGUCCAGACAGUGCUGUUUCUCUGGGAAUAGCGAUGAAAAUGGAAAUCUGGUCCUGCUCUUCCACCAGGCAAUAGACGCGUUAAUGAAAGCAAAGCUGCACAACCAAGGGCUUGUCUUAUGCAACUACAUUUUGCAGUUUCCUGCUUGUGUUACGACCUUGAUUACAAAUUCAACAGGGAAGAUCCUGCAGUUCUAUGAUGACGUCAUCACUCUUGUUUAUAAAAGUGAGAUUCUGAUGCAUCUUGGAAAAGACAGCGAGGCUUUAUCUGUUUUGCAAAGUAUAACUUCAACAUUAGAAGAAAACAUUGGAAUCCGGCAGCCUCUUGCUAAACGAUCAAAAUUUGAAGUGGGCAUUCCUGUUGAAUGUAUUUGUACCCUGAAAUUGGAUGAGCUAAAGACAAAAUUAUACAAUAACACUGGCGUCGCAUUGACGGCGACAAGUGCCUCGAAAGAAGCAUUGGAUCAAUUCAAAAAUGCCGUCAAAUCAACCAAAGAUACCAUCGACGAUAUUGUUAUUUUCAAUUAUUGCAAACUGCUCUUCGAUCAAGGUAUGAAGGGCAUUGCCCUAAGAAACUGGCAUGAAGUUUACAACGAAAACGUGUCAUUAGCGGAUUUAAAAGAGAAAUUAUCAAACCCUUUUAGUAUUCAUGACUUCUCUUGCCUCAGCGCCGAAGUUUUGAAAGAUUAUUCGUGAAUGUUAUUAAGUUAAUAAAAUGAAAAUUUUUAUAAACCAA